AUGGGUGGCGCGUGGGAGCGGCUGAUCCGUAGCAUCAAGCAAAAUUUCGAACGAAUGCAGGCAAGCAGACUCCCGACGCAAGAAGUUCUGGAGAGCACGUUGAUAGAGAUCGAGAACAUCGUCAAUUCUCGUCUUCUGACAAACAUCCCGAUUGAUAACGACGACUCACCAGUGUUGACGCCCAACCACUUUUUGUUGGGGUCAGCCAACGGCAUGAGAUCGUGGGUUUCUCUGAGCGACGAGCCAACUGUGCCCAGGAACAAUUGGAAACAAUCGCAACUUCAGGCGAACGUCUAUUGGAAAUACUGGGUUCGUGACUACCUACCUACAAUUACUCGUAGAACCAAGUGGUUUAAUCCGGUAAGCCCGAUCAAAGUAGGUGAUGUGGUGAUCGUUGUGGGUCCGAGGUUUCCCCGCAAUUGCUGGCCAAAGGGUCGAGUGAUUGCCACUAGUCCGGCUUCUGAUGGUCUGAUGGUGCGACCGUACAAACCGCAUCGGGUGGCAUCUAUGAGCGACCUGCGGUGUCCUUAG